UAAACUAAAGGAUAGGGUAAGAGUUUGCCACAAUUCGUGGGCGGUGGUUGCGUUUCUUGGCUUCUUUCGGCAGCAACGAUGCAGAUCUUUGUGAAAACCCUGACUGGCAAGACGAUCACUCUCGAGGUGGAGAGCUCGGACACCAUCGACAAUGUUAAGACGAAGAUCCAGGACAAGGAGGGAAUUCCCCCGGACCAGCAGCGACUUAUCUUCGCUGGGAAGCAGCUUGAGGAUGGGCGUACGCUGGCGGACUACAACAUCCAGAAGGAGUCUACCCUCCAUCUCGUCCUGCGGCUGCGCGGCGGGAUGCAAAUCUUUGUGAAGACCCUGACCGGCAAGACCAUCACCCUGGAGGUGGAGAGCUCGGACACCAUCGACAACGUGAAGACGAAGAUCCAGGACAAGGAGGGAAUUCCCCCGGACCAGCAGCGUCUCAUCUUCGCUGGGAAGCAGCUUGAGGAUGGGCGUACGCUGGCGGACUACAACAUCCAGAAGGAGUCGACCCUCCACCUCGUCCUCCGGCUCCGUGGAGGCAUGCAGAUCUUCGUCAAGACCCUGACCGGCAAGACCAUCACCCUGGAGGUGGAGAGCUCGGACACGAUUGACAACGUGAAGACCAAGAUCCAGGACAAGGAAGGAAUUCCCCCGGACCAGCAGCGCCUCAUCUUCGCCGGAAAGCAGCUUGAGGACGGCAGGACUCUAGCCGACUACAACAUCCAGAAGGAGUCGACCCUCCAUCUCGUCCUCCGGCUCCGUGGAGGCAUGCAGAUUUUCGUCAAGACUCUCACCGGCAAGACCAUUACCCUGGAGGUGGAGAGCUCGGACACCAUCGACAAUGUGAAGACCAAGAUCCAGGAUAAAGAAGGCAUUCCUCCGGACCAGCAGCGUCUCAUCUUUGCCGGGAAGCAGCUCGAGGAUGGGCGUACCCUGGCGGAUUAUAACAUCCAGAAGGAGUCGACCCUCCAUCUCGUCCUUCGUCUGCGUGGUGGCCAAGCUUAAGUUCUCUACUGUGAAUGUAAGUAACCUCUCUUCCAUGCAAUAAAAAACGCACUGCCGCUUUCAACACCAUCUAA